CUGUUGAUUAAACUCUGGCUUUCUUGCGAAGGCCUGGCUGCUGUUUUUAGGCUCUGAGCUUAGCCUGGGGCUGGUGCUGGUCUGCAGGAGGCUGCGAUGCUCCCCUGUCCCUGUGAUAACAGAGGCCGCCUCUCAGCCCUGGCUCUGGGACUGCAGCAGUGCUGAUCAAAACUGAUACCGAGUCUUACAGGCGACAGAAAAAAAGGGAAAAGCACGCUUGUGCUGACUUCCCACUUUCUUUUCCUCUUAUCCCUGUGCUACCUUCGGGCUGCAGAGCACCAAGGCUCACCCAGCCGCCAGCAGCUGGGGUGGGACAGGGUGGCUCUCCGGUGCUGGCAGCGGUGGUGGGCGAUGAUCGUAGUUUCUAUCCCUGCGGCGGAGCCCGAGGUGACGGCGCGCAGCCCUGAGAAGGCUCACACGGUGUUCCUGGUGGAGGUGCUGUGCAAUGGCCGGCGGCACACGGUGGCGAAGCGCUACAGCGAGUUCCAGGCGCUGCACAAGCGGAUCAAGAAGAGCUGCAAGGUGCCCGACUUCCCCCCGCGGCGGGUCCCCAACUGGGUGCCCAAGGUGCUGGAGCAGCGUCGGCAGGGCCUGGAGCUCUACAUUCAGGGCGUCCUGUGUCACAACAAGGAGCUGCCCCAGGAUGUACUGGACUUCUUGAAGGUUCGACGCUGCCUGCAGGACCCCAAGGGCCACAACCCUGUUGUCAGCCACCCACCCUCCCAGCGGCCCGUCCUCGGCUUCCGCACCGACCCCUACGUGCGGCUGCCGGCCACGGGUAAGGAGUGGGGAUGUGAGUGGCCCCGCAGUCCUCCUGGGCCCGGUGCUGUGCCGUGCCUUGCCCUCCGUGCCCCUGGGCUUCACAAAGCUGCACUCACACCUCUCCCUGCAGACGCACUCCCCAAUGCCGUGCUGAGCGGGGUGCUGCAGGGCAUCUACACCCCGCGGCAGUGCCCCCCCUGCACAGCUGUGCCCCGGGGGCAGCUGGGCUCCUGAGCACCUCCACCACUGACAGCAGCAGUGUCACACCAAGGAUCCUGGCAGUAAAAUCUUUCGUGGGAGGUGGGCAAAGCCCUGCUGGGAGCUGUGGUGGCAUUCUCCAAUACCGUAUGUCUCGGUUUGGGGAGCUGGAGCUCUGCCAGCUACUGCCCUGCAGUUGCUGUAGGAGCCCCUGGAGGCUGAACCCAUGCUGGAAAAACCCCUCAGUGUCUGGGCUUCGGUGCAAUAAACCACUGCGGUUGUGCUGUGUGAA